AAAGAUCGAGGGUGCUUAGUGGAACGUACCUUUUAUCUGACAAUAAGUGACUAGAAGAAUAAGGCUUGUCAAUUGUCAAUCGUAAUACGAAGAUUGUCGUAUAAAAAAUAUAUUACUUUUAUUAAGUAAUAAAAGAAUAUUAAAAUGAAUCAUGCAAGGCAAGUAUGGGCUUUAAGCCGGGCUAUUAGUAACCAAGUUGUGAGAAAUGCUUCCACCGAAGUUGGACCAAGAACUGCGCGACUCAAGGAACUUCAAAAGAAACUCCAGGUUGAUGAUGGGGUACCAGUUCACUUGAAAGCAGGUCUUGGAGACAAACUCUUGUAUCAGUUCACGGCAUUAUUGACACUUGUCGGAGUGGGUAUGUCCUUUGAAACUUUGUAUAGAAUUAUCACUGGCAAAAAAUAGAGAAUAAUAAAUUAUUUAGUAUAAAUAGUAUGUAUGGUGAAAAAUUGUUCUUUACCUAAUAAAUUCUAAAAAGAAAAA